CACCGAGGCAAAGCAGGGAGGAGGAGGCUGCUGGCUGGAGAGGGGAGCUGGCGGACGGCAGCAGCCCAGAGGCAGAGAGACCAUGGGCGCUGCUAGGUAAUAGCCACCUCAACUGGGAACCCCCCCUCCUCUUCGCAGGCCACCCCCUCCAAAGCACAAGCAACUCCCCCUCUCUCGCCGCAGGGAAGAAAGAAGAACAAGAAGGUGUGCGCGGGGGAGACAGGCUCUCCUGCACUGAGAUCCCUGUGAAGGAAGAAGGGAGUGGAAAAAAGGAGGGGAAGGAGGAGAGAGAGGGGGGGGAAAAAAAAGCGAAGCAAACCAGGCGAGCCAAGCGAAAGGAGCUGCUUUUGGUGCGUGUGCUGGUAGCCGAUGCAAGGACUGGAAAGGCUGCCUCGAAGGAGGGGAGCUGCAGCCAGAAGAGAAGGAAGAGGAGCUAAAGGCUGCAUUAGCAUUUACUAGAGAGAGAGCGCGAGACAGAAGAGAGACUGGGGGGGCUGGUGAUCAUUUCAGCUCCUGUCAUUAUAGGAUCAUCCCCUGUCACUUCUCACCCAUCCGUCGCUUGUAUUUUGUCAGGGCUGGGUGGGAGGAGAGCUGGGGGCAACUGUGGUUUUUUAUUUUUUAUUUUUUAAACUGUCCCUGCCUCCUGGUCUUUCUGAAAGACAGGCACACAGAGAGGGAGCGGAUCAAGCCUUUCGGGAGGAAAGACACAGGCUCCCCACUUUUUAAAAAUACACAGAUCUGGGUGAGCAGCCGCGUCGAGGAUUUUUUUUUUUUUUUGGUGUGGAUUAAACUCUUUCGAUAAGAAGAAAGAAAAAAAGCAUAAGGACGAGUUGGGCUUUUUUUUUUAAAAGGAUGUAACACGCUUGGAUGCAUUUUUAUUUUUUAAAACAUUUUGAUUAUUCAUUCAAACGUCCAAAUUUUAGGUUUUUUUUUUUAAAAAUGCGACGUUAUUUUGGCUCUUUUUGAAAAGAAUCCAUCCACCCUAUGUUAUAGAAAUUCCUUUUUUCCCAACCUCCCCCCCAACCCUCCUCUUUUGAUGGAAUCUGUGGAUAUGUUAUUACUAAGGAAAUAGAGGCUGCUUGUGUUUGCUGCCUGGACUCGGAUCCCGGAUUCUUCAUGAUUUGCGGACGACAUGCUCGUUUUUUAGCCGGGGAACCUUCUUCUCGUCCCGCAUGUUCAGGACCAAACGAUCGGUGCUCGUCCGGCGACUCUGGCGGAGCCGUGCGCCCGGCGGCGGGGAGGAGGAGGAAGGUGAGCCCGGCGAAACAGCCGCGGACAGCCGGGCGCAUGGGGCUGGAGGCGGCCGGGGCUGCUGCAUGGGCAAGUCGGGGAAGAUCAUCACCAAGGCUCACCUCGGCUCGGAGGCGGAAUUGAAAGCGCUGACCCACGCGGUCCUGAAGAGGCUGAAGGAGAAACAGCUGGAGGUGCUCUUGCAAGCGGUGGAGUCCAAAGGGGGCGCGCGGACCUCCUGCCUCCUCCUGCCGGGCAAGGUGGACUCCAGACUGGGUCAGCAUUGGUACUCUCUCCCUUUGCUGCUGUGUAAAGUAUUCCGGUGGCCGGAUCUCAGGCAUUGCUCGGAAGUGAAGAGGUUAUGUUGCUGUGAAUCUUAUGGAAAAACUCACCCGGAGCUGGUCUGCUGCAAUCCCCACCACCUCAGCAGGCUCUGUGAACUAGAGUCUCCCCCUCCACCCUACUCCAGAUAUCCAAUGGAUUUUCUCAAACCAACUGCAGAUUGUCCAGACUCUGUGCCUUCCUCCACUGAAACAGGGGGAACUAAUUGUCUAGCCCCUGGGGGGCUUUCAGAUUCCCAAGUUCUUCAGGGGCCGGGGGAUCGGUCACACUGGUGCGUGGUGGCAUACUGGGAAGAGAAAACGCGUGUGGGCCGGCUGUAUUCUGUCCAAGAGCCCUCCCUGGAUAUCUUCUAUGAUCUACCUCAGGGGAACGGCUUCUGCCUCGGACAGCUCAAUUCAGACAACAAAAGCCAGCUGGUGCAGAAAGUCCGCAGCAAAAUUGGCUAUGGCAUCCAGCUGACUAAGGAAGUGGACGGCGUGUGGGUAUACAACCGCAGUAGUUACCCUAUCUUUAUCAAGUCGGCCACACUGGACAACCCCGACUCCAGGACGUUGCUGGUUCACAAAGUUUUCCCAGGAUUUUCCAUCAAGGCUUUUGACUAUGAGAAGGCAUACAGCUUACAGAGACCUAACGACCAUGAGUUCAUGCAGCAGCCAUGGACCGGAUUUACUGUUCAGAUCAGCUUUGUGAAAGGCUGGGGCCAGUGCUACACAAGACAGUUUAUCAGCAGUUGCCCAUGCUGGUUGGAGGUUAUUUUUAAUAACCGAUGACUUGAGACAGAGUGGACUCAUGACAUUAUAACUACUUUGCUGCUAAUAUUUCCUUCUGAGUGCUUGCUUUUCAUGCAAACUUUUUUGUUUGUUUGUUUGUUUGUUUGGUGUUUUGUGUUGUUUUUUUCCCCUCCCCUGUUUUGAGAAAUAGCUUAUGGAAAGAUUUUUGCCUUGGUAUUUUGAUAAAUAUAUAUAUAUAUUUUUAAUGUGUGAAUGACCAAUAACUCAGAAGGGGGAAGAGAAGAUGUGGGAGGGGAUUACAUAAAAUAAUCAUUUAAUGCCACUGAAAUUGUUACCCUCAGCGAUUGGUGGAAUUCAGUCACAUGCUGUUUGUUACAGCUCCCUCAUAAAAAGGGUUUAUACGUGUUUUUGGCACACCGGAGGUCUUCUGCUGCCAGAUGUCUCGUCGUCCCCCUUGUCAUGCGGAGUGCUCGCACACACAGGGCCAUCUUGCUGUAGCUUCUGCCUACAGCGGUGGCACAUUCCCGCUGCUACUUGUCAAAGUGCAGCAUCUUCACUCCUGUGAUGGUAAACCAAGUUCCUCCCCCCCGGCGACCACCCUGCAUUGUCCCUGACACAGAACAAAUGUAUGUGCCGGUGCACCCAGGAGGCAUCAGGAGCCAAUGCAGCAAAGUGAAACUCUAUCGUUCAGUUCCUUGCUCCUCUUUUGUUUGUUUUUUUCAUCUUUUUUCAUGUAUGCUUGUUGCUUUAUUUAAAGAUCACGUCUUGUCACUGUUAUGCCAACAGUCCAUGGUGGAAGCAUGGGUUUUGGAAGACACAUGCCCACACUUUGAGUGCUUUUAUUGUUUUAUUGAUACUAUGAGGAAAAAAAAACAUGCAUGGCCCAUGCUUUUCAAUUUGAGCUGAGAUGCAACCUUGGUGAGAAAACAGAAACCUACAAAAAGCAAGCAAACAAACAACAACAAAAACUGGGGGAAAAAUGUAUUCAUGAUCUUUGGUCCAUCAUAACCUGCCUUGAUCAGGUUAGAGCGAUACCAGUCGUAUCCGGAAAUGCAGUCGCUCUUUCAUUUCUUCUUGAAUUCAUACACUAGUAUGAUACUUUUACACUGUUCUUAGCUCAAUGAGCAUGUUUAGACCUUAACAUAAGCUAUUUUUCUAAAUAUAAAGGUUUAAAUGAACAAGAGAAGCAUUCUCAUUGGAACUUUAGCAUUGUAGUGCUUUGGAAAUAAAACAAAAGAAAAUGGAAAAAAAAAGGACUCCUUAAAAAAAAAACCUUGAGAUUUAUUAAAGAAAAAAUGUAUUUUAUGUUAUAUAUAAAUAUAUUAUUACUUGUAAAUAUAAAGACGUUUUAUAAGCAUCAUUAUUUAUGUAUUGUGCAAUGUGUAUAAACGAGAAAAAUAAGAAAGAUGCACUUUGCUUUAAUAUAAAUGCAAAUAACAAAUGCCAAAUUUAAAAAAAAAAACACGAGAUUGGUGUUUUUUUCUAUGGGUGUUAUCAUCCAGAUGAAUGUUUUUUCUAAAGGAGUUUAUGUUCCAUUAAAAAAUAAAAAUGUACACUUGA